AAUGGUCGCUCUCAAAAACAUCACCAACAACCUGAUGGCCGUCAGUGCCAUGGUGACAGUCUCUCAUGCUGACCAGUCGCCUGAGAAGCGCUACACAUCUUCGGCUGCUGGAUCUCUGACCAAGGGCGGCUGCUACUACAAAGUUCCUAACGUUGGUCUUUUCACUACUAGGAUGAACUAUGCCUGGGACAACUACUUUACACUUGUCGCUCAAGGCGUUGGACUCGUCGAAGACUUCGUGUCCUCCCUCUACACCAUCAGUGCUGGCAAUUCCCCUCUUCCUCGCCGCUUUGAUUUGGUUAACAUCGGGGUCUCACUCCUUGAUCCUUCCAUCACUCUGACUGUUCCUGGAGGCCAAAACAAAGGUCCCAUCUCUUCUGCCCAGAUCACCACCGCCUACGACGACAUCCUUUACGGUUCUGUCCGCACUGUCGCCAAGAUCUCGAAUGUACCCGGGACCACACAUGGCUUUUCCUUCUACUCCAACGAUACUUGGGAGAUCGAUUUCGCGUUCUUAACCUCCAACACUGGUGUUGCGCACUUGACAAACGAGCAAGACUCCNCCAGUAGUCCUUCCUCGUCUUACCAAGUCCCAGCACCAAUUGAUGCAACUACUGCGUACCACGAGUAUCGUGUCGACUGGCUUCCUGGCAAGACACAGUUCUUCAUCGAUGGUGAUGGCAAGCUGGUACAGACGAUUGUUGAUAAUGGAUUCUGGUUGUGGAACAACUGGUCGAAUGGUAAUGCCUGGGCGCAAGGUCCUCCCACUAAGGAUAAUGUCUUGAAGAUCCGCAGUAUCGAUGGCUACUUCAACCGCACCAGCGUUUUGAAGACUUUCGCCGCUACUUCUUCGAAAUGCAACAUC